UGGCUCCCCUUGAGGAGAGGCAGGAGCGCAGAGCCUGGCAGGGUGACAGUCCCUGCUCGGCUGCUUCCAGGAGCGGCAGGAGCAGGCUGCGCAGAUAGUCCCCGGAGCUGCGGAGGAAGGUCACAGGUCUGCUGGCUGCAGCUCUCCUUGCCCACGGUCAGCCCCAUCCCGCGGGAUGCCGAAGGCUCCGCAGGCUCCGCGCUCCCGCACAGCCUUCCCCUGCGCGCUGCCAGCCGGCUCGGGCUGCGCACGGCAGAGCCUGCGGGGCGCAGCGGGGCCGAGGCUGUCCUUGGCUGCGCCCGGGCAGGCGGCACUGUGACGCAGAGCCUCUCCUUACCGGGCUGCAGCGGGGCAGGACCGGGCUGCACCCUCGGCCGGCUCUGCGGAUGCUGGGGCUGGCCGCACCGGGAGCUGCUCACACCUGCUGGGAGCUGACCCUUUUGCGUGCCGAAUCCCCGGGCAGCUGCUUCACUUUCAAGCCCAUGAGCGAUGCGCAGGCAGCGGAGGAGCUGGGCUGAUUUCCAAACGCCUGCAGGACGUCCUGGGCUCCCAGUCGUGCCAGCAGGAACAGGACCAGCCCCUUCCGAGCACGGGACCCAAAGGUGAUGGAGACCCAGCAGGACGAGGCCAUGGUGUGCUGCUCCUCAUCCGAUGGCUCCCUGAGCCCCCGAGCGCUGAGGGUCUCCUGCCCCCACUCCCCGUGCCUCGGGACAAGGGCCUCGUGGCUGCCCCAGCAUGGUACAGGCCUGCUUGGUGUGCUCCAGAGUUCCUAAGGGCAGCUGGGCAGCCAUGGAGAAGGCAGACAAGGCCAGUCCCUCAGCCAGGAAGCGCCUGCAGGAGAGGAGGGGCUCCAACGUGUCGCUGGUGCUGGACAUGAGCUCCCUGGGCAGCGUGGAGCCGCUGCAGGCUGUGUGCACGCCGCGGGAGGUGACGCUCAGCUUCCUGAGGACAUCCAGCCACCUGCUGAGGAAGGAGGAGCUCCAGCAGCGUGCCCAGAGCCUGGCACAGCUCCAGGAGGAGUUUUCGAAAAUUCCACCCAACUUCGUGAGUCCCGAGGAGCUGGAGGUCCCUGGGCAUGCCUCCAAGGACAGAUACAAGACCAUCCUCCCCAAUCCGGAGAGCCGAGUCUGCCUCAGGAGGGCAGGCAGCCAGGAGGAGGGCAGCUACAUAAAUGCCAACUACAUCACGGGCUUUGCAGGGCGGCCCCGGGAGUACAUUGCCACCCAGGGACCCAUGCUGAACACUGUGACUGACUUCUGGGAGAUGGUGUGGCAGGAGGAGGUGCCCCUCAUCGUCAUGAUCACCAAGCUGCAGGAGCGCAAGGAGAAGUGUGUCCACUACUGGCCCGAGAAGGAGGGCACCUAUGGCCCCUUCCUCAUCUGCGUGCGGGGGGUGAGCCAGUGCCUGGAGUUGGUGGUGCGGGAUCUCUCCAUCCAGCUUGCAGGUGAGUGCCGGCAGGUCAAGCACAUCAGCUUCCCUUCCUGGCCAGACCAGCAGACUCCUGAGUCAGCCAAGCCCCUGCUGCACCUGGUGGCCAAGGUGGAGGAGACUCUGCAGGCUGCAGCAAGCCCAGGGCCCAUUGUAGUGCACUGCAGCGCAGGCAUCGGCCGCACAGGCUGCUUCAUCGCCACCAGGAUCGGCUGCCAGCAGCUGAGGGCCCAGGGGCAGGUGGACAUCCUGGGCAUCGUGUGCCACCUGCGCAUCGACAGAGGUGGCAUGAUCCAGACCAGUGAGCAGUACCAGUUCCUGCACCACGCACUGGCUCUCUAUGCCUCCCAGCUGCCGGGGGUGGGAGGCCUCUAGCGCAGGGCUCCCGCUGGGCUGCCAGCUCCACACUCGCACCUCUCCAGCACCCGCCUCAGGGAUACCUCCACCCUUCCUGCUGCUGUCAGGCCACAGAGCAGCAACAGGAGCACCCCUCAGGAUAAGCACAGCCGAGCAAACUCGUGGGGAUCAUGGCCUUGUGAGCCUGGGGACAGCCAUGGUUUGGGGGGUUCAGUGGGUGCUCAGGGUGGGCACUGCUGCUGGCUUGAGGCAGACUGCACCCACAGAGGGGAGCUCUGGCUUUCAGAAUGUGCAGUGUUUUCUCCUCAACCAGAAAAGCAAGCUGGGUGGUGGAGCUGAAGCUGGGUGGUGGAGCUGAAGCUGGGUGGUGGAGCUGAGCUGGGUGGUGGAGCUGAAGCUGGGUGGUGGAGCUGAGCUGGGUGCUGGAGCUGAGCUGGGUGGAGGAGCUGAAGCUGGGUGACAGAGCCGAAGCUAGGUGGAGGAGCUGAAGCUAAGUGAGCCCUGGGAGCAGGCUUUGCCUUUCAGCUGCACAGGAGAGUGUACCCUGAUGGACCCAGAGCUGCUGCACUCACACUGCAGACAAAGAGCCUCUCCUGACCACAGCACCUGUGGUCAGGCCUGGGUACUGCUCCCCCACGAGCCCCCAAGCUCCUCUGGCUGGAGGAUUGGUUACAGGAGAUGCACAGUUGGUUGCCUUCCUUAUGCAGUUUGCGUUUCUCUCCAGCCUCGGCGCAUGGCAGGACCCUGAGCGGGUCUGGCCAGCAGUGCACUCCCAGUUCCCUCUGCUGGAGGUUCACCUUCUUGCUCCUCUGCUGAAAUCAAAACGAAAUAGUGGUUGGGGGGACUUGGGUUGGGAUUUUUUCCGCUGGCAAAUUGUGGGGAGAGGAAGAAGAGGGAGAAACAUUUUGGCACAAAGCAUGGAGAUGGAAGCAUCCUGUAAGAUCUCUUUGAGCCAUUCCAAAUUGGCUUUCAUCUGCUGGGCACUGCACAGCCUCCUGGGCACUGAGGACUGUUAAGGAGCUGGGGGCUGCCUCACCUGUGCCUGCCACACCCAGCUCUGCCCUGGCCCACUCUGGCUGAGAUCCAAGGAAAAGAGUCAGUCCUGCUGAGAGAGCCUGAGCUUGCCUCGGCCCCCUGAGCAUCCCCAGCCCAGGGCUGUGCCAUGGGUCCCCCUCCAGCACUCUGUGGGCCCACAGAAUGCUGCUGAAGGGCUGCCCAGGGUUGUGCCCUGGUGCCCACUGGCUCUGUGGCUCUCCUGGGCAGACAAAUGGUUGAAUAAAAAGAGAAGCUUCA